AUGGAGUUUACCACUUGGCAAGAUUCCCCAGGCAAACCCCAACAAGUGCCGCCUAAUUCUCCCUAUACCAAGCCAAACACGUCUUCUCGAUGGGUCACCGAACACAAAGGAUGCCAUACAACUAUCAACGGUGUCUUCUUUCACGACUUUGCAGGCCUGGCAGAGAGAGGCGACAGGCCGAUCCUCCAGCGCCCCUACAACUGCUUGGCCGACAAAGUCUUCGAACUGGACUUCGGCACUGUGUUGGAGCAGAGUAAAGCGCACGAUGAGCUCCAGGAGCUCAAGGCUGAGCUCGCUAAACUCUGCGACGAGUCCACCAAUAGAGUGCGCUUAGAAAAGUCUGCAACCGGCGAUCAGCACGAUGUCGUACUUGCCGACAUAUCCGGAGAAACAUCUGUUGGAACGUCCGUGGGGCAACCCGAGAAAGAGUCCUCGCGUCGAAGAGACGUGAUCAUCGCGGAUGCACCCCUCAGAGCGCUGCCUGUCACCCCGCUUACACGCCUUGCGGAGCUUGUGCGAAAGCUGCCACAAUGUCACGCCUCCGUUGCGGCACUGCAGCUUGUGGAGAAGCUCGUGGCAGAAGAAGCUGGACGGGAGAAGGAGAGCAUAAUCGAACAGGAGCGCACCAAGAGAACAAACCAGCGCGUCGUCUCCCUACUCAACCAGCCACAGAUUCCGCAGCACUUAAGACGUGACACAUUUGAGGCGAAGAAACCAGGAGGCGCCUUCGCAAACACGCUCAACCCUACGAGCGAGCCUUCCGCUGUCAGAAAGGCCCCUCUGCUACGUACACAACAUCUCGACCGCCAUUUCUGCUCUCCCCCACACUACAUGAUGGUCGACAUGAAGACCUCUCUGGACUCUGAACUUCGCAACAGCUUCGACCCGCUCUCUUCGGAAAAAACCCUUGUUAAUACACGUUGCAUCGGCGAUAACAACACAGUCUCCUUCAAGAAGGGGAGCGUUGUACCAACCAUCCUUAGAGACUGGUACAAACAGAACCGGGAGCUCAUCGAGCUGGCAAAGCGCAGCGCACUUUCCUCCGACCUACCUCAUGUAGCGCCUCCCAGUAUACCCAAGGACCUAUGGAACGGUAUGUGGCUACCACAUGAUGCCCGUGAAAGCCCUGGGAGAACCAACUACGAAGCUUGGGGGGCUCUUCAACCGUCAUACCUUUACCCUGAUCUUGCACCAAUACCCACCCCGCAUUUCCUAAUGGACGAAGCUUCGCUCAUCUGGGGACCGAGCGGACAGCCGACUGCCGAUUCCCACCCCGCUGGCCCACCUCCGCAACGCUUGCUUAUCGAACCAGCCGGCAAAGCGCGAGCAGAUUCAGGAUUGACGACCCCCCAGCCAGUCACUCGUCCGGAGGAACCCCUGUCGUCUCCGCUCAGUACCGCAUCCUCCGAGGAAGGUGAGGACAAGAGGUUUCAGAGAAUCAUGUCAAAGAUCCUCGCUCGGAGAUCUCCAAGGGACCACGGAAUGCGAGAUGCGUACAUGACCGGAGAAGACGACGGCGAUGCGCGCGAGCCGUUGGUUCCAGAGAACUCACCCGCUUCGAGCGAUGGGCAGCAGCCGCUGCCCGGAAACGAGGCCCACCGCGGUCAAGGGGGCCACAUCCUCGACAGAGAAGGCCCCCGUUGUGUCGAAGGUGGAAGUGAGGGCGAGGAUGAUGCCGCACCCGCGGAAGCACGCGAGAGCCGCCUGAAGAUUCUAGCGGCGAGGAGGAAGGCUAAGAUGGAGAGCCGGAGACGUGCCGGCACGAUGCGUCCGAAGGCUAAUGCUAAAGGCCAGAAGGCCGAGGAUGACGCUGAGACGGUGCCUUGCCGACGGGUUGGAGAUAGCAAACGAGUUUCUUGGCACGAUGCAGUGGGCAAAAUGUCGCGCAAGCUUUGA